GAGAGAGAGAGAGAGAGAGAGAGAGUUUAGGGCGGGUGUCGCUGCUCCCACCGGACCCCAGAGCUGCAGCGGGCGACGCGUGCACGCAGGAGACAGAGGACAGGAGGAGACGGAGAGGGCGAUGGGACGUUUCACUGAAGGGUUCUCGCAGAUAACCUUCUCACUAUGUGGGGAACAGCUAAGAUGGCGUUCCACUAAACCAGGGCAGAGAUUGCAGCACAGCCAGCAAGACGACACCAGAUCUUCUUCUGAAUCUAUACUGGGAUAAAAUUACAUUAUCUUCUUCUACACUGCUCGUCGUUUUGACAAGAAAACAGCAAAAGUACAAGGGGAAUCCUCCUGUCAGUCUUCUAUUCUGGCCCUUGACCUUUAGCUCUCACUAUGACCAGUCUGGUAGGGAAGCUAGACCCCCGCAGGGUACAAUGGCGCUCGACGUGGAACACCUUCACGUCCCGCGUCCUGAGGACCAAACCUGUGGAGUCCAUGUUGGAUUCGGCCGUAUCGGGCACCAGCUCACACGGGACCAGGCUGGCGCGGGUCUUGUCUACGGUGGACCUGGUGUCGCUGGGCGUGGGCAGCUGCGUCGGGACGGGGAUGUAUGUGGUCUCGGGGCUGGUCGCCAAGGAGAUGGCCGGCCCGGGGGUCAUUGUGUCCUUCAUCAUUGCCGCUGUGGCCUCCAUACUGUCAGGAGUGUGUUAUGCAGAGUUUGGCGUGCGGGUGCCUAAGACCACGGGUUCAGCCUACACGUACAGCUACGUGACGGUGGGGGAGUGUGUGGCGUUUUUCAUCGGCUGGAACUUGAUUCUGGAGUACCUGAUCGGAACGGCGGCGGGGGCGUCGGCUCUCAGCAGCAUGGCUGACUCACUUGCCAAUCACAGCAUCAGCAACUUUAUGAUUUCACACAUUGGAACGCUCAGGGGCUUGGGUAAGGGGGAGCAGUCGUACCCGGACCUGCUGGCGCUGCUGAUUGCGCUGCUGGUGACGGUCAUCGUUGCUUUGGGAGUGAAAAACUCUGUGGGCUUCAACAACGUGCUGAACGUCAUCAACCUCAUGGUGUGGGUCUUCAUGAUGAUCGCUGGGCUGUUCUUCGUCAACGGGGAGAACUGGGACGAUGGCAGAUUCCUGCCUUUUGGCUGGUCGGGGGUGAUGCAGGGAGCAGCCACCUGCUUCUAUGCCUUCAUUGGAUUUGACAUAAUUGCGACAACAGGAGAGGAGGCCAAGAGUCCCAACACCUCCAUCCCCUACGCCAUCACUGCCUCGCUCAUCACCUGCCUCACUGCAUAUGUCUCUGUUUCUGUGAUCCUGACUCUCAUGGUGCCGUACAAUGAGAUUGACGCAGACGCCCCGCUCAUGGAGAUGUUUGCCGUGCAUGGCUGUAUGUUUGCCAAGUACAUCGUGGCGGUGGGCUCCAUAGCUGGACUCACUGUAUCCCUUCUGGGGUCCCUGUUCCCCUUGCCCAGGGUCAUCUAUGCCAUGGCGGGGGACGGCCUGCUGUUUAAGUUCCUGGCCAACGUGUCUUCCUACACAGAGACCCCGGCGGUUGCCUGUGUGGUGUCGGGCUUUCUGGCGGCCCUCCUGUCCCUCCUCGUAAGUCUCAGAGACCUCAUAGAGAUGAUGUCCAUAGGAACCCUGCUGGCCUACACCCUGGUCAGCCUGUGUGUGCUGCUCCUGCGUUACCAACCUGAGGGCGACAUCCACGGCUUCGUGAACUUCCUCUCCGAGGAGCAGAACAACAAAAGAAAAGAGGGCGUCCUGGCCGAGUGCGAGAAGGACGCCUGUUCACCAACCAGCGAAGCCGAUGAGUACGGAGGUCCGGCCACCAACACCUGCGGAGCCAAGAACCUGCCGUCGCUGGGCGACAACGAGAUGCUGAUAGGCAAACCCGAUAAAAACACUUACACCGCCGGCCACCCGAACUACGGCACGGUGGAUAUGACCACCGGCAUCGAAGCGGAGGAGUCAGAGGGCGGGGUGUCCCGGCGGUUGAAGAAGCUCAUUGGACCACGCUACUACACCUUGAGGAUCCGACUGGGCCUGCCGGGAAAGAUGGACAGGCCAACCCCAGCCACGGGGAAAACCGUCACCGUGUGUGUGCUGCUCCUCUUCAUUUCUAUCUUCGCUUUCUGCUCCUUCAUCAUUUUUGGCGCGAGCAGCAUUGGGGAGGGUCGCUGGUGGGCCUUGCUGCUCUUAAUCUUCUUCAUCAUCUUCCUUGCCUUGCUCGUCAUCAUCAUCCUCCAGCAGCCAGAGAAUCCCAAGCGGCUGCCCUACAUGGCGCCCUGUGUGCCCUUCGUACCGGCUUCAGCCAUGCUGGUCAACAUCUACCUCAUGCUUAAACUGUCUGCCAUCACAUGGAUACGAUUCUCUAUCUGGUGUUUCUUGGGUGUUCUCAUCUAUUUCGGCUAUGGCAUGUGGCACAGUACGCUGGAGAUCACGGCCAGAGAGAACGAGGUGCACGCCUCCACCUACCAGCGCUAUGAUCAAGGUGUGGACGAAGGAUUUUGCGGCUUCGACAACGACUUCGACCCACCCACCGCCGACCCCUGGGGCGCGCCGGGUGGAGGAUCGGGACCCACCAAGCCCCCUGCGGCGAAACCCGAAAGUGACGGGGCGCCAACAAAAGGUGCAGGCAGGACCGUGGCCAAUCACGGGCUGGCGGAGGAGGAUCCGAUGGAUCUCUGAAGGGACUGACUCUGUGUUAUCCUGAAUGUACUGCCUUGUCUGCUGCCUGGGGAAUGGGAGGGGAACAAUAGUGUGCGCGCAUGAGUGAUUGUGCGUGAGCGUGCCAGUGUGUGUGCAUGCUUGCAUGUAUGUGUGUGUGUGUGUUUGUGUGUACUUGUCUGUUCGUAUAACCCUUGGGCUAGAUUUUGAUCCACCUAACUGUACCGAGCUCAGCUCCCCAGCUCACACGGGACAAAACAAGGACGUCAAGGUCAAGUGUCUAGUCACCGUCACUUGUUAUUCACUCACCGGAGGCCACAUCUCCCCCAAAUAAAGACCAGAUAGAAAAGUGCGGACAUAGCAGGAGGUAAAAUUGGAUCUGGCUUGCAUUCCGUGUAAACCAUGAGACUUUGUUUCUUGAGCAAUCCAUCAACUGUUUAUCUAAGAAUUUACGGGAUAUAGGAGGGGAGGGGCGGUGAUGAGCAAAAUACAGACGAAUCAGCACCUCUCAUCCUGUUUCACCGCAGACAGAUGGGAAAGUUAGAUGACAGCAUGCCAAACCCGAGCUGUUUCCUAUGUGCACUUCUCUGCUCAUUUUCUUUUCUGCAGACAGGAAAUAUGCAGCUUUGUGCUCAAAAAGACAAGAAACCUAUUUAUAUUAAAAAAUGGCGUUCUCUUUAAAACCUAACACUCGCUUCUAAAAUCUAGCCCAAGGGAUCCAGGACUGCAUUGGGAAAGGGUUGUUGAUGUUUUAUGUCACAAAUAGUACUUGGACUUUGCUUGCAAUAGUGCCUUGAUCUACUGUAUGUGUAUGUGAGUUAUUGAUUAUGUCUAUUUUCUACUUUAAUUUGGCUUGUGUGUGUGUUUAAGGAUGUAUAUGCAAUCAAACACCCUCUUUUAAACGGAUACAUGUGUCCGUAUGUGUGUGUGUAGAUAUAAAGUGUGUUCUUCAGGUUGUUUUAUUGUGUAUUUGUAUAUAGAUUUGUUUGGUUUUUACCCCAGCAUGAAGCUCAAAAACAAUCCGCCCGCAACAAAGCCACCCACGGUUCAAGGUGACACAUGCUAGUCCCCCCAUCAGUGCACCCAAAACAGAGGAGGUAGUGGACAGAGAGUGAGAGAGAACAGGUUGGAUCUUAAUUGUCCACCUACCUGGUUUAUUGUGAUGAAAGACAUGGUUUCUGUGUGCUCGUAUCUUUUUUUCGUUUUUUUCUGACGAAAUGGUUGGGAUUUAAUAUUUUAAUUUUGCUUAGCAAACCAACUAAUUAGUUACUUGUUAAUUAUUAAUAUAUUUUUUAAAGAUAUUGGACGAGCUUAUUUCAGUUUUUGUGGUUGAACCGUCCAAAUGAAGCAUUAAUAAUACUGUGGAUGGCUGUGGCUUUCAACCUCCCUCUGCACACCAACAACUGUGUUGUUAAUAAGUUAGGGUUUAACUCAUACACUGUGUGAAAUGAAGUAUGAUCCCUCCUCUUCCAUAUACCUCCUUUUCUCCCCUCUUUUACCUCAUCUUUCUCUUUUCUUCUUCUAUCCUCUACUUCCACCGACAAUACAUCAGCUUCGAUUUCGUCUCCUCACAGAGGUUCUGCUCAGACCAGAGCCCGGUCUGGUCCAGUCACCCUCCCUGUUGCCCACAUGCCUCUUUACGCAGCUACUGUUGAAGCCCCACUCUUUACAUGUCAUCUACAGUGUUGCUGCAACCUAAGAACAUUUUGUGAAAAUCUAUCAAAUCAAUCAAUCCGGGAAGCUAAUGCUGCCGCGGGUCGGAGGGUUGAUUCUGUAGAAGAAUGUAUGCACUCAUGUCCCUAUAAGGGAUUUUGGCACACACCAAAUAAACACUGUUAUGUUAUUAUGUUUAGGGUGGGAACACUUCUACAAUAGCUGCUGCUGAAUGCCCUGAAUGCCCUGAUUGUCCUGUACCCUUCCCUCCUGCCCCCCUGCUGCUGCAUCAGUCCCUUCCUGGGAAGCCUUAUUUGUCUAAUGCACUAAAUCUAAAGACGCCACGCUAAACCCCAACCCUCCCUCCCCUCCUCCCACAUUUUUCCAACUCCGUCAUGUAGUGAUGACCCUUUGGUGUCAUUAGGUAAAAUGAUUUUGAUACCGUCCCAAAACACGGCCCAAUGUUCUGAGAAAUUGCGCUCAUAUUGGACAAUUCUGCAUCUCGCUGAUGCAGUAAGUUGCUAACUUUGUCUUUUCUGGAAACCUGGGUGAUGCAAUAAGAAAUUGUUUUACUUACGGUGUAUAUCUUACAAGCUGACUCCAGUAUUUGUAAACUCAAUAUAUUUCAAUUUGAAAACCCUUGCAAAAUAAACAUUUAUGGAAAAUAUCUCAAGAAUAAAGUACAGAUUUUUAUUUUAGUUGAAGUUUUCCUUCAAGCGUUGCAUAGUAAGCCAUCUAACAUGGAGGAAGGUAUUCCAAUGUGAAUGUAGAAUAUGUUUGGCACAAAGAAAAACAAAGCUCAGUGUUGGAGGAAUUAAUGAUAGCCAAUAGCGUAAAGGACAGUACAGUUACAGUUGCCCUGUAUGGGCGGCUUAGAAAUACAAUACAAAUAAAAAAUGUGUUGCCAUUGCAGCCUUUGCGGAAUUGUCCAAUUCCAGUGUUCUUUCUGGACCAAAACAGCACAUCCUAAACCAUUUGCACUUUCACAGAUAUCCACUUAUAUUCCAUUGUAUAGCCACACAGCCAAAAAAACCCUCACCCCAGAUCCGCCAAAACAAUCCUGCCGUUUUGCAUUUAAAGCUCAAUAACAAGGCUGCGGCUUCAGACGUUGCCACUCUGACACUGGACUGUACAGUCAACGUACUAUAUUAUAUGCUCUGUAUGCACACAAGUGCGUGUGUGUGUGUGUGUGUGUGUGUCCAUGCCUGCGCCUCAUUGUGACCGUCUGGUGAGUGUGUUGCAUGCCCUCAUGCACGAGGCCCAGACUGUAAAUGCUGUACGUGCAUGUGGCUUAGUUCUUGUACCCGGGAACGCACGUGUGAACUGGGCUCUAUUUGAGAAAGGAGCAGAACAUUCAGCAACAUCCUCCCUUGUCUUGCCUGAACCACUUCUGGUACGCGUGCCGCCUGUACAUCCCUACUCUAAGACGCGACCUCCGCCAGCCAAAGUCUACGAGUUUUGUUUACUUUCACACACAGGAGGCCGUAGUUUCUUCACGACAGAGCCGACCAUUUUUCUUGGAAGUCUUCUAACGUCGGUUCACCCCAAGGAGAUCCUUUUCUUUUCUCACAGUGGCUUUAGGCAACAGUGCAAAAAUCAUUUUUAUGAAAUCCAAGUAUUUCAUAGAAAUGAUUACUCUAGAAGUCAUUGAUUACAGCAGAUCAGUGAGUCCAGCAGUGAGAAAGUGCAACAUUGAAAAACAAAAGUAUUUUUCUAUAGCCGUUUCCCAACCACAGGUCCUCCAUAGGUGGUUAUCAAUCUUCACUUUCUGUGUUAUUGUUUAAUCACAUGGAGGCCUGGGAGAAACUGCUAAAAUAUAUUUUUAACAACUGUAGUCUCUAGAGUGAAAACACUCAUUUAUAAAACGUGAUCCUUUCCUUUGAAGGAUUUCAAAAUUGAUGCUGUAGACGUCGAAAGGGCCGUAGAAGGUUUAGCGGUAGAACACAUGCAGAAGCUAUUUUAAUACAAUUCUAGAAAAGGCUGAGCGACAAGCGUAAUCAAAUAUUGCCACUAUUGCUUUUAAGGUCAGUUACAGUUUGUUCAUUGGGGCGUGUUGUUCCUGUGCUCUGUGUGCGCUGCAGCCAAGUGUCCAGUCAGUGUGCGUCUGACUUGUUGAAGUUGGCUUCUCUCGCAAACAAAAAGAUAUUCCUUUUUCUCUUCUGUAUAUUUUGGCACAAAGCUGUAUAUCGUAGUUGUUUUUUUAUGUUGAUUUUGUAACGGUUCCUUAUGUGUGUGGUUAUUUUGCUCCUGUGCACCGUUUCUUGCUAAGUUUGUUGAUAUUGUUUCCAUGCAACAAUGAAAGCUAUUUAUUGCAAAUACAA